UCUUGGCUUACACACCGUCCUGCGGGCUGCGUGGAGAGCAAACCGGGCGGGGAGGGACAUUCCUGCACACCUCUUGGCUUUCUUCAAAGAGCUGCAGAGAGGCACGGAGGAGGAGGAGGGAGAUCUCAGGGUGGAGGGGGGCUAAAGCAUCCCAUCCUCCUGCUUUGUGUGAGCAGGACCCCGCUGCUUCCUCGGAACUCAGAUGUAACAGGAUACAAUGCUGAAGUUCUUCUCCGCCCGGGAUGAUGAGAAUGAAAGCCUUUUGGGAGAAAUAACGGAGGAGGAAGGAGACAACCCAUCUCUUCAGGACUCCAAGCAGCACUGGCUGAACCGGCCCUGCCUCCUGGUCCUCAGAGAUGGAGAUGUGGCAAAGCCCAGACUGGGCUGCGGUCAAAUCGGGCCAGAAUCCCCAUCUAAAGCCACCUCUGGUGCAGCGAUCAGAAACACACUUAAACAAUAUGAGCAGAAAGCAUCAGAACACCCCACCAAAACCACUCCACCUUCCAAGCUGGAUGAGAACAGCUGCACCAUGACUGCCAUCUCCACUUGGAGGGAGCUGGAGUCCUCCAGUCCUCUAGUUCCAAGUCCCACAGAGGCCACAUGGCCUGAGGGAGUGGAGGAGAAUGAGGUGGAAGGCAAGAAGCCUCUGGAUUUCCCAUCGAAAGAGGACUCUGUGGUUGAGGAGAAAGAACUGGAGGAAAGUAGGCAGGAGCAGCAAGAGCAUUCCUGCAGCUCAGAUGCAACUGAAGCACCUGCAAGUGUUUUACAACAAGACUUGAACACAGGGGCCAAGAUGGUCAGGUCCAGUGAAGGAAAGGAGAUGAGCAAGGUCCUGACAGCCAAUGAGGAGGGAGCAACAAAGGAGGGUGCACUUCCUGAUAAUGAGUCCCAGUUGUGUCCAACUGGGAUUCUGUCCAAGGAUCAAAGCAGUGCUCUUGGGGAGGUGGCCCCAUUGUGGGUCCCUGAUGCCGAAGCUCAGGUCUGCAUGAAGUGUGGCAUCAAGUUUACAUUCACCAAGAGGAGGCACCACUGUCGUGCCUGUGGGAAGGUUUUUUGUGCACUUUGCUCCAAUCUGAAGUUCAAACUGACACACCUGGAUGGCAAAGAGGGACGAGUUUGUGUUUCGUGUCACUCGACCCUUGUCAAACGGACGCCGCCAGGAGGGAGGAGGAAGGUGUGGUUUGCAGAUGAAAUCCUGACCAACCAGCAGUCGGAGUCGGCUCCGACUAGUCCAGUGAGAGGUCCUUCCUUCUCACCACUGAUGAGGCGGGCAUUGGGCGAGCCUGAUAAGAGUCCUGUGGGAUCACCACAGAUCAGGAGAACCUCAAGAUCACAUAGGACGACCAUCGGUGAGGCCUGUGGGCCUUAUGGCUGGGGCUCCACUACUUUAGUCAGUAGCUCUGCCAACCUCAUUCCUUUAGACGGCCUGCCACCCAUCCUCACCUCCACAGGAGUCAAAGGAGAUUACACUGUAGAGGAGAAGCCCUCUGAGAUGCUACUCAUUCAGGAGCUGGAAAGCGGCAGGUCCAAGCCGGUGGUGUUUGUUCUCAAUGCGAACCUGCUUGCUAUGGUCAACCUAGUCAACUAUGUAAACAGGAAGUGCUGGUGUGUGACAACUAAGGGAAUGCAUGCUGUGGGUCAGGUGGAGGCGGUGGUGCUGCUCCAGUGUCUGCCUGAGGAAAAAAGUUUCCCCAAAGACAUUUUUAGUCACUUCAUCCAACUGUACAGGGACUGCCUAGCAGGGAGGGUUGUGAAACAUCUGUCACUCUUCCCGUUUGGCGGUAGAUUCCUGGGCGGUCGGGAGCACGCAGGCUUCAUGUACGUACGCUCCACUCUCCAGUCCCUACAAGGUCUACCUCUGCCGAACCAGCCUUACCUCUUUGGCCUGCUGGUCAACAGAGCGGAAGUGGCCUGGGCCAAAGCUUUCCCCCUACGCCUCAUGCUGCGGCUGGGGGCCGAGUACAGAUUUUACCCGUGCCCACUGUACAGCGUACGGUUCAGGAAGCCCUUGUUUGGGGAAAUAGGUCACACCAUAAUGAGAUUGUUAGUGGACUUUAGAAAUUACCGUUACAGCCUACCAAUGGUGCCCGGGCUCACUGUGGAUCUAGAAGCUCAGAGGACCUGCAUAAAGAUACCGACCUCUGGGUAUAAUGAGUUUAUGAAGGCUAUGAAUAAGUCCAAUGAGCAUGUGCUGGCUAUAGGAGCAUCUUUCAAUGAGAGUGCAGACUCCCACCUGAUCUGUGUGCAAACUGAGGAUGGCCAGUACCAAACCCAAGCUAUCAGCAUUCACAACCAGCCACGUAAAGUCACUGGGUCAUGCUUUUUCAUCUUCAGCAGUGCCCUGAAAGCAUCUGCAGGAUACCUGGCCAAGUCCAGCAUCGUAGAAGAUGGGCUUAUGGUGCAGGUCACCGUGGAAACCAUGGCGGAGAUCCGCCGGUCGCUCCGGGAGAUGAAAGACUACACCGUCACAUGCGGGCGGCUUGACCAAUCAGAGGGCCAGGAGCUUGUUUGUUUGCAGUGGGUGGAGGAGAAGUGCACUGUGAAUAAGGGGGUCAUUAGCCCCGUUGAUGGGAGAUCCAUGGAGUCUGUCAGAAGUAAGAAGAUGUUUCAGAAGUCAGAAUACAAAGAAAAUGGGAAGAUAAUCCGCUGGACAGAAGUGUUCUUUCUGCCAAGAGGCCAAAAUCCCAAUGGUGGCGUGACCGACACUGCUGAACACAACCGGCUGACAGAACGGAUCGCCCGGGCGUUUUGUUUGGCCCUUUGUCCCCACCUGAAGCUCCUGAAGGAGGACGGGAUGGCCAAACUGGGGCUGCGUGUCACUUUUGAGACUCAGGAGGUGGGAUUUGUGGCUGGUAGCAAUGGGCAGCCUCUUCCAGCUCAGUACCUUAAUGCCCUGGAUAGCGUCCUGAUCCCAGUCAUCCACAGCAGGGGCCGCAAGAGGGGCGAAGAGCCUGUUGUGAUGGAGCUCAUAUUUUACAUCCUAGAAAAUAUUACUUAGAGCAAAUUCACAUCCCGCAAGUUCCCCACCGCUCCGACCACGGCCCUGUCUUCAACACAGCCAUCAGAUUCCAUGAGAAGAUUUCCAAGACCAAAACCUGGAUCUGAUCUAAAGUCUGCAUCCUCCACGCACAACGUGACAAACGACUGCUCUCCGACUUCACUCCACCCAGCAGCUGCAGACACUGCAGCAGCGCAUGAACCAAUGACGGCCCGUCAAAUCCGGCUGCAGCUCCUGAGCUGAAGAAUAUCCAUAGCUUGUUUUCAUUCAUCACGUCAGUGCCCAGCACAUGUACGCCAACGGGAAAAUACUUUAAAACACAAGCUGGAUUCAGCCCUUUGACCUUUACGCAAAGAGAAAAACAGUGUAUUUAAGAACUUUAAUAGAUACGUAGCAAUUUUACACUUGAAUGGAUGCUUAAUGAAGGUUUUCAUACCGGACGCGUUUUAUUCGACUGCUCAUGAAACAAUUGUCUGCUUGGAAUUAAAUCUGCAAUAAUGAACCAA